UGCAGUCUUGCAGCCUGGCGCUGUAAGUCACAGAGCCGGUGGUGGGACCAGGACGUGUUCAUGCCUCGCAGUCCUUCUACUGCCUCUGCGAUCUAAAUAAAGGGUCCAACACCAUGAACAACGAUGAUCUUAACACAAACAAUGAGCGAGAACCGGGAGAUUUGUACAUGCAAUUGCUGCAGUAUAUUUUGUAUACACCAAAAGACCAGAGACCUGCGUGGCUGGAACCUCGAAAGCCGCCAGAGGUUACAAAGGACGUAUCAGCUUCUAUAUGUCCUCCUAAUGUGAACCCAGUGGAUGACACAAUUGUGGUGCGGGCGAUCGAGGUAUGGGCGGAAGCAGGCAGGCGAAAAGAUAUGGCACGCGCUGCGACAAAUGUGGUCACAUCCACGAGAUCCUAUAACGUCUGCGAUGUUACACUAACGCCAAUUGUGACCGAGACACAAUUAGGCAGCGUGGAGCAACGGGAAAUACACGAGAUUGGAGCUGGUGCAAGUCAGACCGAACCAAGCUAUAUCGGGAGUAGCCAUGGAAUCGAGCCGCUAGGUACAUAUCACAAAGAAGCGCUACUUACUAAUAAUUAAGUAAAUCUUUCAUAAUGUACUAACUGUAACUCUUCUACGAACCACACAAUAAAUCGCUCUCACUAAUUCCCUCCCGGUUCGACCCGUUUGGUUAAAUAUGAAAGUAGAACUAAGCAAUAACUAAUCCUUCAAUUACUAGCUCAAGUUAAUACUUCUGCUAUGGAAAGUUUAGCUUAUUAGCUUCAGAAGCGUAUGUGAAUAUCUAAGCGGUAAAUUAAAACACUGAUAGCGAUUUAUUGAGCGAUUAGAAUGUUACACUAUAAUGAUGCAAUUACAACACUGCGGUUUCAGUAAAAUAUUAUGUUAUCCCUAGAAACGUGUACUUUGUACAAUGCGAUCAACAUAAGUUGUCCUUUUUUUUUUAAAUAUUUUAUAAAAGUAUAUGGACACAGUAUACGAGUUAUCAUU